GGGAGUGAAAUAACAGAUUCGGGAUAUUUACUUUGUAUUGUAAUUCGCUUGUAACACGACAUAAACGGGAGAUUCCCGUAGAUCAUAGUUUUAUCUAUGUUUAAAUGAUUUAUUGUAUGCGAUUGUGGGACAGUUCUUCGUUUGAGGACAUGUCUCUGUCAGGAAGUUAUCAGAAACCGGUAGUGCAGUAGCUAGCUAGCUAAAGCUUUCGCCGGCCGGGUACAGUCAGGCGGACCUCUUUGUCUGACUGGGAAAGGGAACGCGUGUUCUUUUUGUUUGGCAUUUUCUUUGUUUAGUAGUCUAAAGGGAACUCUGGGACCAGCGUUUCUCAAAAAGUGUUUAAAAUAUGCAAAACGUGAAGAAAUACUUCACAGAAGGACUGAUCCAAUUUACGAUCUUACUCAGUUUGAUCGGAGUUCGCGUGGAUGUCGACAGUUACUUGAACGGCUACUACUCACCGCUAGAGAUUAACAACGGUCCUAGCUCAGCCUACAUCCAGACACCGUUUCACAGUUUGAGGGACAAUUGGGACGGGUACAGUGUGCACCCCAAAUGUCCCGAGUUGGACUAUUUCUUCGCCUGCCGUCGGCUCCUGGAUGAGGUGAGGGCGCUUGGGUCGCCCAUCCGGUUCCCUACGCAGUUGAGCGCAUGGCUCGUGCACCAAGUACCUGACAGCUCGGAGUUCCGAGAGCCACCAAACAGCACGAGCAACAUUAAUGUUAGCGUGGGGCUGUUGUCAGAGAGUACCGGGGAAGAGGCCAACGACACUGAACUUCUCGCAGUCGACGAAAGCCAUACUGCCGCCCAGCUAAGUGAGCCGGGGCCUUAUCCCAGCACUGGAGCCUGCGAGAUACCCAAUGAGGAGGUUGAGGCACUGAAGGGGCGGAUGGAAGAGGAUGAGGAUGAAGGCAGAGCGGAACCUGUUUCCCUGACCCAGCUGACUCUCAGUUCCACACUAGAACAUGAGGGUUUGUUAAGUAGCGGAGCCCCUCUCUCCAGCCCUGAAGACCCCCCUCCCCCUGACAUCGACCAGCACUGGAGCCAAUUCCUGUCCCUACCCAUCUACGAAUUUGACGAUUUACACCCGCUGGUUCCUCAGCAGCUGUCUGACCUCGACGCCAACAUCUCCAGCGCCAUCAGCCAGGACGUCAGUCUCCGCGAUGCCAUAGUAACAGGCUCUGUCUACGACAUGAUCCCCCCGAGGGGUGGAGUCAGGACCCUGGUGGCCCGGCAACCAAGAGGGCCCCUCUUCCGACUCGAGUCCACAAACUCCUCCCACUCCGACUCUUCGCCCGGUACGACCACAGGGCUGGCCGUACUACCGUAUGCCGCUGUGGUCAACGGAACGCGAAACGGGUCAUCGUCCCAUGGUGCACUUGAAGGCUAUUUGGACGAGGCGGUGUUUGACCAGAUCAACCUGCUGGGGCUGGAGGGCUGCUUGGACACCAUGGACGCCCAGCUACUGGGGAUCCUACAGGGCAUCUACCCUCGUGUCCUGGAGGACCUCGACUCAGACUCCGGCCUUUCUCUGGAGAGCAGCUCUCAAGGCCCAGACUCCCCAGGUGCAUCUGAGGUGUCGUCAUCGUCUUCCAGUUCAUUUUUUGAGGACGAGGGUGGGGCUACGGGCUACAGCAGCGAGGUGGACUCCCUCCCCUCCAAGUGCAUUGACGACUACAACACAUGGUCGCCUGUGGAUCUCAGCGAGAGCGUGUGGCACGACCACAGCUACUCCUCCCCAGCCUUCUCCCAACCGUCAGCCACCACGUUCCCCCACAAAGCCAUCAAAGAGGAGCCUUUCAGCGAUGAAGACGACGACGGGGAAGAUAACGAAGACCGGGAGCUUAGCCGCGACCAACUCCGCACCCGGGCGCUUCAUGUCCCGUUCUCGGCGACGGAGAUCGUCAGCAUGCCCGUGGAGGAGUUCCUGGAGCUCCUGGAGGGGCGUGGCCUCUCGCCCGCCCAGGUUGCCCUCCUGAGGGACAUCCGCCGUCGAGGGAAGAACAAGCUGGCGGCGCAGAACUGCCGCAAGCGCAAACUGGAUGCCAUCACGGGGCUCCAGGAGGAGGUGGAGAGGCUGCAAGCCCAGAGGAACAGGCUGCUUAGGGAGAGGCAGCACACGGCCAAGGCUCUUGGCGCCGCGGGCCAGCGCAUGGAGGACCUCUCCAGGGACAUAUUCUCCAGGCUCAGGGACAGCUCAGGACGACCCCUGACCCCAGAGAGAUACACCCUGCAGUGCGAGGCCAACGGGAGGUUUGUGGUGCAGCAGGUCAGGCGUCCUAGUGUUGCCACGACGACAGCUGGAGGUAAAACGGACAAAAGGAAGAAGAAGAAGCCUUGAUGCAGCAAGGGCUGCUGGUACUUGACACGUUAAGAGGUGUUAUUGUUUUUUCUGAACUUACAGGCCAGAUUCUGGUCAUGUGACUGUUUCCGGAUCUUUCUCUUCCUCCUUGUCUGGACUCUCCGAUCUUAGGAGCCCAAAAUGGCAGAAACAUAUUUUUUAAAAUACACCCAAAAACUUACAUAUACAAAUAUUACAGAAUGUGUGAAUGGAGCUUUUUUUCUGGAAAAAGAAACAGCUCAAACACUGGACUCUUUAAUGUUUUUUUCACUAUAUAAAUGAAAGGGUUGUAUUAUCAUUAAAGCAUCAAGGAGAAUGUAUUCUUGUCCUGAGGAUGUCAGGCUGCAGUAUUAUUUGUAUAGUUCCUACAAAAAUAAAUUGUAGGCCAGUUAAAAAUAAAAACAGAAUGCCAAUUCUAUAGCUUAAAGGGACACUUCGGGAAUUUGGCAAUGAGGCCAUAUAUCUACUUCCCCGUAGUCAGACAAAUUUGUGGAUACCAUUUGGUAUGUCUCUGUGUCCGGUAUGAAGGAAGUUAGAGGUAAUUUCACGAGCCAAUGCUAACUAGCGUUAGCGCAAUGACUGGAAGUCUAUGCUACCAGAUGCCCAUAGACUAGUUAGUAAUUGCGCUAGUUAGCAACUAACUUCAAACUGCAUACAGAGACAUAGAAAUGGUAUCCACUAGUUCAUCUGACCCUGGGGAAGUAGAUAAAAGGCCUCAUUGCCAAAAUCCUGAAGUAUCCCUUUAACCUCAACUUAAAAUUGAUAGCAGUUGUUUUGGCAUCUAUUGAUAAAUAUUUCUAAAAAUCUGACCAAUGUUCCCCCAUAGACCCUAGUUUAAGUUGAAAUGUUUCAAAACUCAAUCUAACUGGCAACAUGUUAGACGUCAUUUGAAAGGGCUUAAUUUAAUUUUCAGUCAUGUUUUGAUAGCUGUGGCUAUUGCUUUAUGUAUGAUCACUUUUUUGUAUGUUUUUUUAAUUUUUACUUUUUACCUAUUUUUCUCCCCAAUUGGUAGUUAGU